CUGAUGGCGGGUGGACCUGCAGUUGCUAUGGUGACAAUGCAAGGAGCCAACAGCGAAGGCGGGAGCGAUGUGAUGCGCUGUGGGAGGAGGGGCGAGUGCCGCCAGCUCGGUGGGAAGGGGGGCAGCACGAUCCGGUGGGGGUGGCGAGGCGGUAACGGCCGCUCCGCCAAGGGAGAGGAGGAGGAGGAGGCGGUGUGCGGGCCGUGCAGCCCGGCCUUUCUCCCAUGUCCCGGGGAGCCGCGGGGCGGAGCGGGCGGGGCCUGCUGUCGCUGUGAGGGAAGGUGUCGCAUGCCGCCGGGGAGCGGAGGGGGACGAUGCGCGAGUAUAAGGUGGUGGUGCUGGGCAGCGGCGGGGUGGGCAAGUCGGCCCUGACCGUGCAGUUCGUCACCGGCACCUUCAUCGAGAAGUACGACCCGACCAUCGAGGACUUCUACCGCAAGGAGAUCGAGGUGGACUCGUCCCCCUCCGUGCUGGAGAUUCUGGACACGGCCGGCACCGAGCAGUUCGCCUCCAUGAGGGACCUGUACAUCAAGAACGGACAGGGCUUCAUCCUGGUCUACAGCCUGGUCAACCAGCAGAGCUUCCAGGACAUCAAACCCAUGAGGGACCAGAUCAUCCGCGUCAAAAGGCAGGCGAAAAGGGGACGGGGAGGGGGGGAAAGCCAGAGCCAAAGCAGAAUUCGGGAGGGAGAGCACAGGGAAAUAAUGCUAGGGACAAAACAGAGGGGGGGGAUAGAAUGCUCAAAGGUGAAAGCUGGGAGACACACAGAGAGGGAACAGAACGCUGGGGCAAAACACAGAGGGGGAACAGAAUACUGGGGGCUGACGACCGGGGGGGGACACAUACUGGGGGCUGACGACCGGGGGGGGACAGAAUAUUGGGGGGCCGACGACACGGGGGAACAGAAUGCUGGGAUGGGAGGACAACAUGGGGGAAUCGGAUGCUGGGAUGGGACAACACGGGGGGAACAGGAUGCUGGGAUGGGACGACGACACAGAGGGGCAACAGGAUGUUGGGAUAGGACGACACAGGGGGGAACAGAAUGCUGGGGUGGGACGACACAGGGGUGAACAGAAUGCUGGGGUGGGACGACAUAGGGGGAGAACAGAAUGUUGCAGGGGCGACACGGGGGAACAGAAUGCUGGGGGUGCGACACGGGGGAAUGCUGGGGGGAAUGGGGGAACUGCUGGGUGGGACAACACGGGGGGAACAGAUGCUGGGACGACACACAGAGGGGCAACAGAUGUUGGGAUGGACGACACGGGGGGAACAGAAUGCUGGGGUGGGACGACACAGGGGUGAACAGAAUGCUGGGGUGGGACGACAUAGGGGGAGAACAGAAUGUUGCAGGGGCGACACGGGGGAACAGAAUGCUGGGGGUGCGACACGGGGGAAUAGAAUGCUGGGGUGGGACGACGACACGGGGGGAACAGAAUGCUGGGGGCCGAAGCUCCGGGAGGGAACAGAAUACUGGGGGCCAACGACCAGGGGAGGGGGGAACAGAAUAUUGGGGGGCUGAUGACCGGGGAGACAGAAUAUUGGGGGGCUGACAACCGGGGGGACAGAAUAUUGGGGGGGGGGACAGAAUGCUGGGAUGGGACGACACGGGGGGAACAGGAUGCUGGGGUGGGACGACACGGGAUGCUGGGAUGGGACGACACGGGGGGAACAGGAUGCUGGGAUGGGACGACGACACAGAGGGGCAACAAAAUGCUGGGGUGGGACGACACGGGGGGGGAACAGAAUGCUGGGGUGGAACGACACGGGCGGGAACAGAAUGCUGGGGGACGACGGAGUAAGAACAGAAUGCUAGGGGGACACUGGGAACAGAAUGCUAGGAACACAGAGUGGAGGACAGAAUGCAGGGGACACACACAGAAGGGAACAGAAUGUUGCAGAACACAGAAUGCUUGGGGUGGAUACGGGGAACAGAAUGCUGGGGCCUAAGCUCCGGGAGGGAACAGAAUACUGGGGGCCAACAGGAUGCUGAUGACGGAGACAGAAUAUUGGGGGGCUGACGACAGGGAGGGACAGGGGGGGGACGACGGCACAGAGUGGAAACAGAAUGCUUGGAUGGGACGACACAGUGGGAACAGGAUGCUGGGAUGGGACGACACGGGGGGGAACAGGAUGCUGGGAUGGGACGACACGGGGGGGAACAGGAUGCUGGGAUGGGACGACACGGGGGGGGGAACAGGAUGCUGGGAUGGGACGACACGGGCGGGAACAGAAUGCUGGGGGACGACAGAGUAAGAACAGAAUGCUAGGGGGACACUGGGAACAGAAUGCUAGGAACACAGAGUGGAGGACAGAAUGCAGGGGACACACACAGAAGGGAACAGAAUGCUGGGGGUGGGCGAGGACACACAGAAAGGUGGGUAGAAUGCAGAGUUGGGAGAGUGCAGGGCGGUGCGAUCACCAUCUAACACUGGCUAGGGCAUCUCCGUCCACAGCUGUUGCAGCACUACAAUUCCCUUGAUGCUAUGCCCUUUGUCAGAGUAGCUAAGCCUAGUGGGAGUUACAGUGCUUGAACAUCGAUGGAGUGCAUUCCUUCCCCCCUGUCUAACCAUUGUAGGAGUAUAGCUGGUUACGUUGGGGUUUGUUUUUUGGGAGCUGUGCAGAAACCAGGUUUCUGUCCCUAACAGAGUGUUGCAUUAAAUGGUUAUGUCUCAUAGCUGUAAUUGUAGGUUUGAAAGGAUGUGGUGUGAUCCAAAGCUGCUUUUAUUCAUUUAUUUAUUCCUCUAUAUGCUUGGCAUUUUUCAGGCUUUUUACGCUAGUGGUUUUUAUGUGGUUUUCUAUACAUCUUUUAGACAGGUUUGUGUGGCUAUUCAGAUCCUUUGCAUUUCAAAAGAACAUAGUAACAGUAUUUUGUUAGCAGCGAUCGUUCCGUUUUUAAUCAAUGUCAAUUCUUAUACAUAGAAAGCUCCAAGAUUAAAAACAUAAUGCAUUUUACUUGUUCUAUACUAGGCAUAACCUCUUUGUAAUAAGAGAAAAUGGGAAACCCCAUUUCUAUGAACAUAUCCCCCAAAUAUAUUUACUAGUUGUAUGGUCAUCCAGUAGAAUUGCAAAUGCAGCACCAAUUAAUAAAAAAUGAAAAAAUACUAUAUAAAAACAUUUAGCAGUCUAUACCUAAUGUCAUAGUACCUCUACUACAUGAGAAAUAAAGUCCCUUCUUCAUUUAUAAAGUUUUAACGGCCUGAUAAAACAUUGACAUUAUACAAUAGUACCAUGUACAAAUUCAACAAUACAACUUAUAGCCCCCAAUAUAAGUAAAAUAUCUAUCCAAAAAACUAAACUAUCCUACCUGUGCAAUAAGCAUGCUAAACUACCAUACAGUUAAUACAUCUAGUGCAAAUAAAUUACCCAAUCCUCACCAAUAUCCAUUUAUCAUGUGAAAAAGAAAAAAUUGAACACAUAUCACAUUUCUAAUACACAUCACAAUAGGCAGCACACUGAUCAUUAACAUAAAUUGCUUAACGUGAGUACAAAGGCCACAUACAUAAAGUGCAAAAAAUUAGCACAUAUGGUAAUGUGCAAGAUGUGAGCACAUAAAUCAUGUGCAAAAACAUACGUAAUGAUGAAAUAUAAAGCUCGAAAUGUGAUUGUGUUUUGCACCUUUAUGCACUCGCAUCGGUCAUUUGCAUAAGUGCAAGUGUGCGCACAAUCAUCAUGUGCAUAAAGGUGCAAGACGUGAUCACUUCAACCAUGUGCGUAAGUGCAAACGUGGCAUAAUGCCAUAUACUUAAAGUGCUAAUUACAUAUUACUCCUAAAAGUGCAGAUUACAAAUCCGUAUACAAAGGAUCUGUGCAAGCCUAAUGUAUCCUCCUAGGCAAAUAAGCAAUAUACCAUUAUAAGUAAAUUGUAAUACAAUUAUAUUCUUAAUAAACUAUUGCCUAUAAAUUUAAUUCAAAGGCAUCAACGCAGAGGGAACAAAUCUAUUCCCAAACCUCCGCGUCCAACAAUGCAGACUCCUCUAACGUUUCACUGAUGGAAGAAGAUUGAAUAAUCCCUAAUUAGGAUGAAAUGUGUCCUUAAUGGUUCCUCUUAUUCUCUGGGCACAGUGUUUGUUGUAAUUUCUUGAAUUGAUGGGAGUUGAGCACCAAUACUGAGCAGUCUUUACUACUCGUUGAAGAGUAGUCCUACUGGUUAUUGUAAAAUGUGGUGACUACAGGUUAUGUAUGAUACAUGUUGUAUUCACUUUAAUGUUUGCACUGGUUUUGUGUACAUGCACAAUUGCACCAUCUUCUUAUAUCUGAAACUGUACAUUCUUUAUAUAUUGGUGGCUUUUUCCCCUCCUUUUUAUAGUGUACCAGAUCUCUUCCUAUUACUGUUUUAUUCCUCAGUUUAGAUUUUCUUGCUCCAUUUUUUCAGUAGAUGCUAUUAUAGAGUACAUUCACAAAAUAAGAUAAAUUAAUAAUGAUAAAGGCAAAUUAGCUAUAUUAAUUUUUAUUAAUUUUUAUUAAUUUAAAAACUGCUUACCUGUCAUGGAAAACCCACCAGUCUAACAUAGAAACAUAGAAUGUGACGGCAGAUAAGAACCAUUCGGCCCAUCUAGUCUGCCCAAUUUUUUUAAAUACUUUCAUUAGUCCCUAGUCUUAUCUUAUAGUUAGGAUAGCCUUAUGCCUAUCCCACGCAUGCUUAAACUCCUUUACUGUGUUAACCUCUACCACUUCAGCUGGAAGGCUAUUCCAUGCAUCCACUACCCUCUCAGUAAAGUAAUACUUCCUGAUAUUAUUUUUAAACCUUUUGUCCCUCUAAUUUAAGACUAUGUCCUCUUGUUGUGGUAGUUUUUUCUUCUUUUAAAUAUAGUCUCCUCCUUUACUGUGUUGAUUCCCUUUAUAUAUUUAAAUGUUUCUAUCAUAUCCCCCCUGUCUCGUCUUUCCUCCAAGCUAUACAUGUUAAGAUCCUUUAACCUUUCCUGGUAAGUUUUAUCCUGCAAUCCAUGAACCAGUUUGGUAGCCCUUCUCUGAACUCUCUCUAAGGUAUCAAUAUCCUUCUGAAGAUACGGUCUCCAGUACUGUGUACAAUACUCCAAGUGAGGUCUCACCAGUGUUCUGUACAAUGGCAUGAGCACUUCCCUCUUCCUACUGCUAAUACCUCUCCCUAUACAACCAAGCAUUCUGCUAGCAUGUCCUGCUGCUCUAUUACAUUGUCUGCCUACCUUUAAGUCAUCAGAAAUAAUCACCCCUAAAUCCCUUUCCUCAUAUGUUGAGGUUAGAACUCUUAUCAAAUAUUCUGUACUCUGCCCUUAGGUUUUUACGUCCAAGAUGCAUUAUCUUGCACUUAUCCACAUUAAAUGUCAGUUGCCACAAUUCUGACCAUUUUUCUAGUUUACCUAAAUCAUUUGUCAUUUGGCUUAUCCCUCCUGGAAUAUCAACCCUGUUACAUAUCGUAGUAUCAUCAGCAAAAAGACAUACCUUACCAUCAAGACCUUCUGCAAUAUCACUAAUAAAAAUAUUAAAGAGAAUGGGUCCAAGUACAGAUCCCUGAGGUACCCCACUGUUGACAAGUCCAAGCUUCAAUAUAUUCCAUUAACUACAACCCUCUGUUGCCUGUCACUCAGCCACUGCCUUACCCAUUCAACAAUAUUGGAAUCCAAACUUAAAGAUUGCAGCUUAUUGAUAAGCCUUCUAUGUGCAACAGUGUCAAAAGCCUUACUGAAAUCUAGGUAAGCAAUGUCUACUGCACCACACUGAUCUAUAAUUUUAGUUACCCAAUCAAAAAAAUCAAUAAGAUUAGUUUGGCAUGAUCUCCCUGAAGUAAACCCAUGUUGUCUCUGAUCUUGAAAUUCAUGUGUUUUUAGAUGUUCAUCAAUCCUAUCCUUUAACAUGGUUUCCAUCACUUUCCCCACUACUGAAGUAAGGCUUACUGGCCUAUAGUUGCCCGACUCCUCCCUAUUAUCUUUCUUGUAAAUGGGCACAACAUUCGCUAACUUCCAAUCUUCUGGGACUACUCCUGUUAACAAUGAUUGGUUAAAUAAAUCUGUUAAUGGUUUUGCUAGUACACCACUAAGCUCUUGUAAUAGCUUUGGGUGUAUUCCAUCAGGUCCCAUUGACUUAUUUGUCUUUACUUUUGACAGUUGAAAUAGAACCUCUUCCUCUGUAAACUCACGUGUAAUAAAUGACUCAUUUAUCCUUUUUCUCAACUGAGGUCCCUUUCCUUCAUUUUCUUCUGUAAAUACAGAACAAAAAUAUUCAUUGAGGCAGUCAGCCUGACCUUUAUCCUCUUCUACAUACCUUCCUUCUUUUGUUUUUAAUCUAACUAAUCCUUGUUUUACUUUUCUUUUCUCAUUUAUGUAUCUAAAAAAUGUUUUAUGAGGCUCUUGAGUAAGAUGCUGUCAAUAAGUGUGAUGAUGUCUGUCUUGCUGCCUAGAAACGGGAUGAUAUUUGUUAUUUUGGAACUUUGAAAAAGCCUUCAAAGCAUGGCUGUAAGAAGGAGGAUCUUGCAUGGAUUUUAAUAAACAGUUUCCAGCAAAGCGUGUUCAUUUAUAUUGCUAACACAUUUGUAGAAUGUAAGUCUUAAAGGGACACUAUAGGCACCCAGACCUCUUCAAUGCAUUAAAGUGGACUGGGUGCAGUGUCCACUUUAAACUCCAAUAAUUGCCUUUGAGUGUUAACUCCACCUCUAGUGGCUGACUACCAGACAGCCACUAGAGGAACUUGCGGGUCGCUGGACGUACUCGCGUCAUGCACGAGGACAUCCAGCAACACCCAAAAUCCCAUAGGAAAGCAUUAGACCGUCAAAUACUGACAUAAUGGUUAAAAUAUAUAAAUAGAUAUUUAUUUUAUUUGGUGGUAUUGACUAGGCUUUCAGUGCAUCAUGUAAGUCAUACUAAUGUAUGUAUCUGCAUGGUGCAUUCUUUUAGAAGAGCAUUAUGCCAGAUCCCUGCCUUUCUUGUGUAUUUCUCGUCCAUUACCAAAUGAGUGUAUGAUAGUAAAAUGCAUGCAUAAAUAUGAUGGUAAAAUGUAUGCAAAAAUAAAGAUAAAUGGCUUCUGAUCCCAUUGAUUAAAAUAAAAAAUCAUGUGUGAAUAAAUGCAGAUUACUUCUACUCAUUUUAUAUUAAUUGAAUUGGAAGCUGUCAUGCAUAUACCAAGCUCUUCCACAGUGGAAGCACUGGAGGACCAGGUUUGGGCACAACCUUUUCAGAGUCUAAAAGCUGCUGUAGACAUUAAAGUGAAAGGUAAGUAGAAGUUGAUUUAUUUAUGUUUUCGUAAAGGAAUACGUCAAGAACCAUGACCUAUACAGCAUGGUUAUGGUGCCCCCUGCAUUGUAAGUAAUCUAACCAUAUUAGAGCUGUUCAACGUCUUACCUGGUGCUUACUAGGUGCUGCUCUCUGCAUUCACUACUUCUGACAGAAGCUUGCUGCUCUUUCAGCUAGUUCGCUAUCCCUACAGUGCAUGACCUUGGCUAAAGAAAACUCCUGCUUAGGGUUUCUGGUGUUAAUAGUGAAGGCAGGGAGCAGCUCCGAAGGGGCGGGGGGGGGGUGGAGGGGGGAGAUUUGACUGAUUUAACUACUUACAAUGUAGGGUACUCCUGGCAACAUAACCACUACAGACUGCUGUAGUGCUUGUGUUCCUUUACAGCAUCAUCUAAAGCCCUGGUUCUCAACCCAUUGUAUGUGUACCCAUAAGGGGUGUGUGGAGGGGAUGCCCUGCAUCCAAUUCUAAAGGUCCUCCACUCUGGCCCGGUGUCGGUUCCCUCAUGGGCCGGCACUUUUUUUUAUGGAAUUAGAGUGCUGCAUCUAGGUUACCAUGGAAAUACUCUGAUUCAGUCACAAAGAUCGCAGACUGGCAUCCUGAAAAUAUUGCAGCUGGCAUAACCCAUCCACUGAAUUUAGCUUUAUAAGGCAACUCCGAGUACAUUAUAGUAUAUAAAAUAUAUAGUGUACUAGGGCACAUGCAAUCACAACUGUGGUGAUGCCUUUUUUGUCUCUGUGUCUUGCACAGGUGCACACUAUGGUAAUAACACAUGACUCAGUUUGUCUUGAUUACCUCGGUUGUCUGGCACAUCCCCCAAUAUGUAAUUAAUAAAAUCUCAUUAUUAUAAGUCAUACUUAUUUACACAGAUACAAUGAAAUUAUAGAUUUUUUAUUUUAUUUUUUACUCUAAGUGUAUUAAUUUAUUUUAUAUUGGGUGACCUGGCUCACAACCCAGGCAGAAAUUCCAGAGAAAAAAAAUUGCAAGCUUUAUAUUUGACUAUGUAAUUUUCCAAAACCCCAUAAAAAGUUUCAUAGAGCAGUAAAUCUUUUCCUGUGCCAGGUCCUCCUUUAUUAGAUUGGGGAUGGGGGUCUUUUUUUUUUUUUAAUUUUUAUACUGACUGCUCACUGUUUAGUAGACAUACCCUUCUCCACUUCACAGCGAGUAGGGGCAGGAGGGAGAUUGUAUCCUCCCUUAUUUACAAAGUAUUUUUUUACUUAGUAUUUAUAAAGUUGUCUGAAUUUUGGUCUUUAAGCUUUUUAGUUGAUAGCUAUCUAAUACUUGUGGGAUUUAGGGGCCUAUCUACUAAAUGGCUGCAAGAUGCAUGAUCUACUAAAUGGCUGCAUGACAAUCUAGCCUCCCUGGGCCCCUCAUGCCUCCAUAAAUAUAGUAAAAAUCUUACUGUAUUCAAGCCAGAAGCUGUAAAUCUCCAUGCUGUUAGAUACAGUGUUUACAUGAGAGGCUGCAGGGAGCUAUAGUUCUCAUCUGAACAACCUCAUUAAGCUGAAGUUGUUCAGGUGACUAUAGUUUCCCUUUAAAUUGAGAUGAAUUUGAUUGCUAGAGACGGUGCUAAAAAUUUCUGUUCUAGCCAGGUAUUAUAAAAUGCACUAAAAUGGUCAUCCUAUUGCAUGAUUGUGCAGUGAUCUCCAGUAAUAUGAUCUCUGAUUUAAAUUUUACUAAGUGGUAGUAAGGGGCCCAAUGCCGGUGCAAGUAUUUGUGCUGCCCUAGGCAAACAAUAAUUUGCCGCCCACCAUGUGACAUCACAAUGCCCCAUCCAUUUGUGGGGUAGAAUAGAGGCUGAGAGGGGAGAAGCUUUUAUUUUUAUUUUAAUAUUUUUUCUUUUCUUAAAGUUUUUUUUGUCUUACACCCACUUUAGUGUAUCUCUUACAAGCCCCUUGUGUGUCUCUUAUCCCGUUCCUCUCUUUGUAUGUCUCCUACAUCCUCCCAACCCCUUUGCAUGUCUCUUUUAACCGCAGGCCCUCUGUGUGUCUUUCCCCUCCCACCCCUAGGUCCCUCUUUCACCCCUUCCUCAACCUCUCUGUGUGUCUUACACUGCCCCUUAAUGAUCUCUUUCACGCCACCCUGUCCAUUAGAGGUCUCCCAUUCUGUCCCAGAGAACUAUUCUAUUCCGUCCUGUCCCUUAGUGAUCUCUCUUUCCCCGUCCCUUAGUGCUCUACCCUGCCCCCUGACCCUUAGUGAUCUCCCCUCCCCACCUGUCCUUUAGCGCUCUACUCUGCCCCCCGUGUACCUUGGUGCUCUUCCUGCAUCCUGUCCCUUAAACCUCCCCCCAUCCCUUAGUGGUCUCUCCUCUUCAUUGUCCCUGCCCGGCCACACUACACUGAGUGACUGGCAGGAGGGAGCGCUGUGCGCUUCCUUCCUGCCAGGUCACUCAAAUCUGGCGCGUUCUCCCCAUCCCCUCCCAGUCCGGUGCACCCUGCCUAAGUCGCCUAUGAGACUCACCAGCCCUGAAGGGGCCUUUACAUUCUUAACUUUACAGUGAUUAACAGAAACUGAAAGAAGAAAAUGUGUCUUAUACAAGGAUGAAUUCUCCAAGUAACCUUAAUGUUGUAUGUAAGCAGACAAAGAGUCCCUAGAAAUGGGGACCAAAAAAUAGGAAAACCCCUUAUUAUGAGAAUAUAGACUGAGUGAAUAAUUGCUCUAUGCUUAGAUGGGUAGAGAUAAGAAAUCACCUUAUGUUUAAUAAACCAUUAUAUUAAACCGUGUGCAAACAUAUACAGGGAGAGGACAUAUUUUAAAAAAAUACUACCACUUACAAACUCACAGUGCUAUUAAUUAUGGGAAAAUGCCUUUAUUUUUUGCUAGGAUGUAUGAAGUGUAUAUCAACUAAAUAUCUACCAUAACAGGGAACUAAUACUACCUAACUUCAAAUUAAACAAUAGGUAUAAACGCAGUUGCCUGUAAUAGCUUCAAGUAAAAAUAAAGGCCAAAUAAGGCUAACUGAAUUAUUAAGCUACACUAAGUACAAAGUAUCCCCAAGAUGCUCCGCCCACUCCCACUCUCAAAACUCUCUGACUACUUCAAACCCAAAAGGAAUUUUGAAGAAGGGAGUUGAUUUUUUUUUCCCGCUGGGCUGAAUCCUUAAAAAAUUAUCUCUAUCGCACCAGAUAAUGAAGAUCUCAGGACAGAAGGUACAGACCCUAAUGAAAUGUGCAAAAAUUGUUAACACUCAAGCAAAGCACUCAAGAAUUAGUAGUUGAAAAGGGUUUGUCCUUUGUUCCGGUUCCGGCAUUUAAUAAAUUUAACUGGACAGCCACCUUUUUGCACAACGUCUGGCUUUGCACAAAUACCUUUAGAUCCAAAAGGAGAAAAAAAGCCAAAAGUUUAGGUUUUUCAGUUAAAGAUUUCGAUUACUUAACAGACUUGGUAGAUCUUUUAGUGGAAAAUGAUGUAAGGAUUAACCCAUUACCAUUUACAUAAUUAAGACCAAAAAGUACCUUCACUCCAAACUUCAGAGAAUAGCGUAGGAUCUAUAUAUUUGUCGAAAUGAAGGUAAAAGCCAUACAACAGAUUGAUGACAAUACUCUAGAACUAGUCCCCCAUGGUAAUUUGACUAAGCGAGAGUGGCAAGCCCUUAAUGAUCUUAACGAUAAUGCUUGUAUUUUUUACAUGCAGAUCUGCAUUUAGGAGAAUGAGAGAGGAACUUAUUAGUGAUCUCUCUUCCCUCUUUUCUCCAUUAUUUCUGGGGGUGUAUCCAAUCUGUUAAUGUACCCUUCGGAUGGUGCCUGAGCUGGUUUUGGGCCAGUGGCUGAUGGACAGAUUUCUACAAUCUACAAAACUUUAAACUGCAAGUAUCCACUCUGUUUUAUUCCAUUUGUGGUAGAUGCAGACAUCAUAUCAGCUGUGCAGCUUCUAAGAAAGCACUGCCAGGGUUAUUUUACUAGAGUACGAAUUCAAAGUAAAUUAAAAAUUAAAGGAACACUACAGGGUCUGGAAUUCAAACGUGUAUUUAUAACCCUAUAGUAUUUAACUAUUUAAGUAGACCCCCCCUCCACCCUCUUAUUCCCCUUAAAAAUUUUGUUUACUCACUUUAUUAUUUUGACUAAGGUUCGUGAUGAAAUGGUUAAAUGAAAUGUCAAAAAGGUUUAAAUUAAAUAAUCUGGAGAAAGUACUUUUCUACUAAUAUAAUACUUUUGUGUAGCGGUUUUGGAUUAUGUGGCUACUGUAAAAGUUGUAAUCACAACAUACCAAAUUUUGCAAGGGUUUCGCUUUAAAACCAUCAUUCACUUUUUUAAAUAUUUGUUCACGUCUUAAAAAAAAAAAUGGAAAUAAUAGACUUAUUUGGCAUUUUAAAAAAACAUAACACAAGGGGUAAAGGCACUUGUGUCAAGUUGGAAGAAAUUUGGCCCCAGCUGACAGAGAGGAGCCCCAAGUUUCUACUGAUACUUGAGUUAUCUGGGUUGACCAGGGUUUUAAUUCUGCUCACACCACAUUGUAACAAUGAGGAUUUAAUUCCCUGAUUGCAACGCUCACUAAUUCUGGCUCCAGCUGAUAGAGGGGACUAGCAGGGAUUUAGCUGGUACAUUUUCUGCAUGAUAAUCUACUCCAGGGCAUUGCGGCCCGGUUGCCGUCCACGCUGCCGGGAGGCGAGGUAGGCAGGGUGUCCGCUACGUUCUGUGCUCCUGCUGGCUCUUGCGCCAUGCAGUGAACCGGCCCCCGGGAUAUGAAGUCAUCCCGGCAUGAGCAUCACUGUCAUCGCUGGGCGCGCAAGGGAGCUGUGCAGGAAGAGCACAGAGGUCCCAGCACAGCAGCAACCACUGCCCACGGUAGGGAGGCUGGGUGGACCUCUGUAGUACUAAAUGUGUGUGUACGUGAAUUUUGUAUAUGUUUUGUUAGUGACUGUGUGUGGGAGGGGGAGUUCUAUGGAUAUGUCUGAUUGUGUGUGGGGGUCUGUCGUGUGUAUAUCUGUGAUCAUGUGAUUGUAUGCGUAAAUCUGUGCUUUUAUGUGUGGGUCUGUGAUUGUGUAAAUAUGUCUGUGAUUUUUGUGUGUGGGUCUGUGAUUGCGUGCAUAUAGGUGUGUGAUUUUGUGUAUGUGGGUCUGAUUGUGUGUGGGUAUAUCUGUGAUUGUUUGUAUAGGUCUGUAAAUGUGUGUGUGUGUAUGUGUGUAUAGGUCUGUGAUUGUAUGUGUGUCUGCAAUUAUGUGUAGAGGUCUGUGAUGGGGUGUGUGUGUGUAUCUGUGGUUAUGUGUGCAUAUGUAUAAACAUGUGUAUGUGUUUAGUAGGUAGCUCGAUAAUUUGAUAUCCUUAAAUAUGCCAAUCCUACAUAAAGAUAAUAAAUAGGGAGUUUUCUACUAAACAAAUGAAAUAUCAAAAUUAAGAAAAGGUUAAAGUUAUGUUCCUUAUAUAUUAUUAUUUAUACUAUAUAUUUGAUGUGUGUCCCAAGACAAUUACUCUGUGCUCUAAGCGGCCCAGGGAAGUCAAAAGGUUGGACACCUAUGGUGUAUGCCGUUGCUGGGCAUUAAAGCCCUGCAUAGACAGUCGUUAAGGAAAAGGAGGACACUUCCUUACAACAGUCGAACAAUAUGCAGGACAAUAUUCCACGGUGCUCAACCCAAACAGACCCUGUUCCUUACUGGGUCAUAAAUGUCAGUAAAUUUAUAUAUUUGAGAAGCACCCAGUUUAAAACAGAGAACAGUUCUUUGUUGAUGUUCUUUUCAUAGUUUAAUAGGUAUUUUUUGGCAAUUUCUUACUGCUUUUUAUUUUGUAUAUAAUUUCCUAUGUUGGCCUGGUAAGAUAUACACUUUAUGCUAUAUUUUUGUGAUGUGUUUUUAUCAUUUUUUUGGAUUUUGCUUUUAUUAAAAUGCCUUUGAUGGUAUAUAAGUGAAAAAAUGCAAAUAAGAUUUGUACAUGCGUGUAUUUUGUGAUUAGAUGUUAAUAUUUACUAAUAAUGCAAUGUAUUCUUCCCCCCCCCCCUCGGUUUUCAUUAGUUAUUCCUUAGAUAUAUUUAACUUAGAAGUACAAAUCUGUGAUAAAAUGAGAAGUGGCCUUUCAAAAAAAGCUCCUUGCUUAAAUUAUCACUCCUCAUCAUAACUUGGUAGAGUUGCUAGGCGUCUGGUUUCAAGCUAGGCAGCUAGCAUUUUAAUGUCUUUACAGGAAAAAUAAUAGACCAUACAUGACAUGGCAAUUUGCUUUCUUGUUGAUGUCUAAAGUGCAGUGCAGUAUAAAAAACAAAAACAAAAAACGACAUUUAUACAAAAUGCACAUAAAAAGACACUAUAGGCAUCCAGACCACUUCAUUUCAUUAAAGUGGUCUGGGUGCAGUGCUCCUGUCCCCUUAAACCUGCAAUUCUAAUUAUUGCAGUUAUUGAGAAACCUACAAUAACUCCAUCUCUAGUUGCUGUCACUAGUGGUGCUUCCGGGUCCUUAGCAGACUUUUAGUCAUUGAUUUAUUGCUUUCCUAUGGGUAAGUCCUAAUGCGAUAAUGGCACUCGCUGUGCAUGCGCUUUAGGUAGUCUACGCAAUUGGAUCUGACAAGUAUGCUGAUGGGGGGAAGGCAGAAGGGACACAGAUGUCCUUAAAGGAACACUAAAGUAUUAGGAAUACAAGCAUUCUUAACACUAUAGUACUGGAAUGUCUGUUUACGUGUCCAGCCCCCCGCAGAUUGCAGUGAAAAGGUGAUUUUUUCUCAUGGCUGAGUUGAGCAAUUUUGUUGAUUUCAGCCAAGCCAAUGCUUUUCCAUAGGAAAGAAAUGGGAGGCUAUUGCGCAUGUGCGGAAAAAUGGCACAUUGGAAAGCCUGCAGGGACAUGCUAUAUUAGCUCCACUGGAAUAACCUUGGACCACCAUUCAGUGCUGCAGCUUCUGGCUCUGGAAGAGGCAGUGACCCACACCUGGUGGACCCCAGGUACCUUGUCAAAUCAUUCCUGAAUGACUUGAUUAAAUACCCUGGGAUGGUGCCAGGGAACUCCUGGUACCAUUACCACUUCAGUUGGUUAGAGUGUUUCUUUAACUUGUUUGCGUACUUUGGUUAGCAUGUAAUUGAAAAUAUAAAUCAGAAUCAGAAAAAGUAUUUGCUCAACAAACUAAUUUAAAGUAUUUUAGUUAGACAUCAAGUAAGUAACCUUAAAACUAAUUGAAGUGGUCAUAGUGCCUGAACUCACCUGGCACCGUAACAACAAGGUUCUAAGACCAAACGAUGGCCCCAGGAUGCCCCCAGCCGAGCCCCCACAGAAGGUGUCUCUAUCUUUAUUGAUAUCAUGACAUGGUAGUUGUGAUAGUCUGAGAGUGGACAGCUGAUACUUUCAACCAAUCACGCCUGCCCAUUGCUGCUAGCUGCAGGGGACCCUCAAUGCAGAGAUUAACCAUCCAAAUGUUGUUUAACGCAGAAUGGAAGGAUGGCAGGUUAAGGCAAGGAGACUUCAAACGCUAUACCCUACUUCAAUGAGAUGAAGUACAGUAUAUACUCGAGUAUAAGUCUAGUUUUUCAGCACAUUUUUUGUGCUUAAAAACCCCCACUCGACUUAUACUCGAGUCACUAUCUGUAUUAUGGCAACUUAGAGAGCCGCGGCCGUCAGAGCCGUGGCAACGAUCCGCGCGGCAACCAGACCGCGAGACUUACAGUGGAGCUGACCGGAACGGAGGAGAAGGGAGCUGACAGGAGCUGCAGGAAAGGUAAGUAAAUGCUUCCUGCCGGCCCCCCACUUCACAGCCCAUGCCACUGGACCACCAGGGAUUAAGAUAGCCCCCCUCCCUGACCGGUUAACAAGCAGGGAGGGGGGACAAAAAAAAAUUAAAAUAAUAAUAAUAAUAAAAAAAUAAUAUUAAAAUAAAAAAAAAAAAUAAUAAAAAUGCCCUCCCCCCACCCAGUUCACACACACUACACAAACACACACUCUUCAUUAUAUACACACUCUGCAUUAUAUACACAGAGUCUGUGUAUAUAAUGCAGAGUGUGUGUUUGUAUGAGUGUAUGUGUGUAUAUAAUGCAGAAUGUGUGUUUGUAUGAGUGUGUGUGUAUAUAUAAUGCAGAAUGUGUGUUUGUAUGAGUGUGUGUAUAUAUAAUGCAGAGUGUGUGUUUGUAUGAGUGUGUGUGUAUAUAUAAUUAUAAAAAUCACAGAAUUUCAUAGCCCCAAGUUUUACCCUCGACUUAUCCACGAGGCAUAGCAUAUUUCACAAUUUUUGGUCACAAAACUGCACUCGACUUAUACAUGAGAUCGACUUAUACACAAGUAUAUACGGUAAUUGCAGUGUGUAGUGUCCCUUUAGAGUCUGUACUGUAUUUUCUUUUUGGUAAAGCCUCACAGAUAGAAGCGGUUUCUGAAGUCAUCUUGCAUGCAGAUGCAGUUUUAAAAUAGAAAUCUAGGCAGCUGUAAACUAUUAAAGGAACACUGUACUAUCUUCCAGUUUAUUAUAUUUUAGAUGUAUUUAAAAAAUAUGUAAACACCAUUCCAAUUAUUUAUUAGUAAUAUUUACAUUUAAAAUAAGUAUUUACCUGGUUUUCUUACAGUUGUUUAGUUGACCUCGCGGCAUUGCGCCCCACCCCCUUUCGCGUCACCAGUUACUUAUCGUUCGGGUCCAAUCACUAGCUUCUCAUAGAGAAGCAUUGUGGACCAUACCCGCAUGUGCGGCACUUGCCGCUAUGCACCAAUCAAAUUACACUCAUAGGGAAUCAUUGUACUCAAUGGGGGGACGACAUACAUUUCACUCUUGUAAAAAAUCUGCACAGUUUUUUGGGGUUUUUUUUGUCCCCUUUGGUGCGUUGAACCCUAUGUAAAUUCAGAUAAAUACAUAUGAUAAAGUUUCUGUGGUCUAAAUGUUUUAUAAAUGUUCACUGAUGUGUUUUCUUUUUUGUUUCAGAUAUGAAAAGGUUCCUGUGAUUUUGGUUGGUAACAAAGUUGAUUUGGAAAGUGAGAGAGAGGUAUCAUCCAAUGAGGGUCGAGCCUUAGCAGAAGAUUGGGGAUGUCCUUUCAUGGAAACCUCUGCUAAGAGUAAAACAAUGGUGGAUGAGCUCUUUGCAGAAAUUGUGAGACAAAUGAACUACGCAGCCCAGCCAGAUAAGGAUGACCCUUGCUGCUCUGCGUGCAAUAUACAAUAGCGUUCGUUUGAUUAAAUGAAAAACAAAAUCUAGUUAUACAUGACUAUUUUCACAGCAAUGGAUAUAAAGACUACUUUUAUUUAUUUUUUUUCCUUUUUAACAUGGUUCAUCCAAAGAAAAGCAUUGACAGAGCCAUCCACUGUCCAAGUGCUGAUUAUCACAGCUAACCGAAAUUAACAUAUUUUAUCCUUGUCAUCUGCGAAAUUAUACAAACUUUCAAGCCUAUGACCGGAAAUGUGAAUCACCGCAAUUGUUUUUAUAGCAGUUGCCAAUGUCCUCAUCCUCAAUUUUGCGUACAUAAGAAGUUCAAUUAGUGCAACAUGAAAUACAACAUAACUUAGGAAUCCUCAAAAUAUAUAUAUAGUCUUUCAGUUUAUCAUACCUAUGUAGAUAUAUCAUAUUAUUUCCCCCACACAGCUUUAUUGUAUCUGACAAAAAGACAUGAAUUCUGCGCCUUUUUAUUUUGGUUUUAAGGUGGAUGAAUAGUGUGUAUGUGCAGAAACUUGUAUCUCUUCUUACACGAUACUCCAAUCUUACAAGAAAUAAAUGUCUAACACAUGAAUGUUAAGUACACAAUCUGACAAAACACUUUUCAAAUGAAGCCAGAAGCAUUUUUAAUACACACACAGGCUGAUUUGUUUGGAAAAGAGCAAUGUUGCAUCCUAGUGCUCUUUGUGUUAGGGCUCAGAGAGAGCAGAAAAUUAAGGACAUCUAUACUUCUGAAACUCCAUUAUAACAAUGUUUUGGCUUUGUUUUGUUUAGCUUUAUGGUUUGUCUAAAAUGCUUAUUAAACAUGAGGAAAUGUUGACCAUUUUUUGUGAGGUGAAUGUUGCUGUGACAAGGUUUUGGAUCUUCUGAAACUUAUUUUUUAUUAUACUUGAGUAUUUCUCAGUUGCAUGGGUAACGGUGCACAAAUGCAAGUUAUGUGGUUAAUAGCUUAUUGGCAGAAGUGUAUGGUUUUACUAUUUAGAUCACAAAUUCAAUAUCGCAUUCCUGGUGUAUUGUGGAAAAAAUAAGCCCAUACUAUUUUAUAUAUUAGGUAUUUUUCUUUUUCUUGUGAAUGAGUAAAUGUGUGAAUAUGCAAUGACUGCACAUAAGGUUUAAAUGUUUGAUGUGUUUGAAGGUCUUUUAUAUUUAUUCAAGCAGCAUAAAAUGCAUUCAAGCGUGUGUAUAACUUGUGGGAAUCAGGAUUUGGUAAAAGUGGAUAACACAAAACACAGAUGUGAUUGGCCGAUUGCACAGGUAAGUGCAAUAUGCGCAUUCAUUUUCAUUACAUCCGCAUUUCACAAUGUUUCUUAACACUUUAACCAUAUAACAUCGUCAAUAGAACUUCACCUCCCAAAUAUUUAACAGUUCAAAUAUCCAGAGAUCAUGCAAUUGAAUAUUCAGCAUAAAAAGACCAAUGAUGCAUUAAUCUCAGUGUUAUUACCUGUGAUCAAUCUAGUUCCAUUAAUCAAUAGUUUCAAUAAUUAUUGCAGCACUUAUCAAUUCUGUCUGGGCUCAUUUGAUCCCAAAACUGUAAAUUGUGAGGAGUUAAAAAUAUGUAAGCAAGUAGACUGUUUCUUGGGGUUAACUUUAUUACGAACUCAAUGGUACUCAUUUUAUCAACUUAGAAAGGGAUGGAAACUGAAUUGAUACUGUCCUCAAUUGAACACUUAUUACUGAGAUAAUUGGUAGGGGUGUGUAAAAGAAAAGAAAAGUGUCAAACCUUGCAGAGUCAGACUUUUUUGUCCAUUUCAUAUGCUACAAAAAAAAAAUAUGUAGGUAGCCAUUGCCUUAUGUAUGCAAAUUUGGGCGUUUCAAUCCUGGAUUAGUUUGUUUUAUACUGGCUUUUCAGUGAUUUCAGAAUGCAGUUUUCUCUUAGACCUUUUACUGAACCUUAAAACAUUAGUUUAUAGCAAAUGCAUACCUAACCUUAAGGCUAAUCCUGCAUGAAAAGUAACCUCAAUAUAUUAACUUUUUUUUUUUUUUUUUAAGUUUCAAAGUUUAUUGAUGUAAUACAUAAAAGGUACAAUACCAGCAUGGAUGAUACAGUAAAAUUAAUUGGUGUGAGGAGGCACACAGAACAGCAUGGCAAAAAAUAUCGACUAAAUAUCAAUAUUAACAUUGGGGGAGCUGGAGUGAGGAAUUACAUAUGUAACAACAAAUAUUGCCUCGUAGGUGAUCUCUAUUCAUGUGGAAGAAAUCAAGAGACACAAUUCUGUAUCAGUGCCUAUACCAAUGGAUUUGGGGCACACUGUAUAAAUAAAGAACAUAAGGAGUUAAAAUAAUAUAUGACCAAAGAGGAAGUCAGUACAAGCCGAUCUUAUGCUACCCGGGAUAAAGUUACUGUGGGUAUAGAGUAGAUAUUAAGAUUUUACAUAUAUUUAUAAUUGAGUAGCGUGAAUAGCAAAUUAAGGGCUCUGAGAGCAGCUCCUUAGUGUGACAUGCGCCCACUUAGAAAGGUGAACCACUGUUACCAUAUUUUCGUAUACUGCUGGAAAGAAAGAGACAAUGUUUCCCUUUUUUACAUAUGGCACAUUUUUCAUCUAUUUACUUCAUUUAUUACACAUUUUUCAUUUCAUUUACUUUAUUUACUUAUGAUCUAUUCACAAUUAUCAAAUGAGCACGUUCUAAAGCAGGCCACAAUGUAAAAGCAGGAAUUGUUAAUAUACUCAUAAAGCGUUUGGUAUAGGUAAGCAUGAUUUUAUUAUUGCAGUUUCCUAUUUAAUUAGGAUAAUAAAGAGGAUCUGUAAUUAAACCGAACUUCCUGCGGACAGCUCCAAAUCCCCCAGCCUUUGUACCUUUCCCUCAUAUCCAGUGAUCCUCUAAAUUACAUUUAGAGCCCUAGCACUGGUGCUACUUAUCUUAUAUUUUAUAAUAAUUCUUCUUGACCUCUUUGCUGCCUUUGACACUGUUGAUCAUGUCCUUGUUUUCCAAACUCUUCACUCUCAGUCUCUGUGACACUGUCCUCUCCUGGUUCUCGUCCUCUCCUUUUCUAAUAACACCUCUUCCCCUUGUCCUGUGUUGUUUAGAUUUCCCUAAGGUUAUCUUCUUUGUCCCUUCAUAGUUUCCCUUUUAUACAGCCUCUCCUCAAACAUGUAGUUUUAGCUACCACCUGUAUGCCAAUGACACACAGAGAUAUCUCUCCCUUGCUGUCUUAGAAUGUGUUACUGCUUGCCUUUCUUCAAUCUCUGACUGGAUGUCCUUCUCCUCUCAUAAAUGCAGUCUCUCUAAAUCUGAGCUUCUUAUUUUUCCUCCUUUUUUGCUCUUCCUGAAAUUUUAUAGGACCUGCUUUUUCUUGCAAGCUUGCUGUCUUGGUGUUAACAUUUUAUUUUGGUCUCACUUUCAUGCCUUACGUCCAGUCUUUUCCCACAUCCUGCCAACUCAACCUUAAAAACAUUGCGUGCGUUCGCCCCUUUAUUGCACAAAAUGCUCUAGUAAUUUCUGGUAUUUAUUAUUCUAACUCUCUCCUAACUGGUCUCCCCAGAAACCGUACUGCCUUGUUACAGUCCGUAAUGAAUGCUGCUGCCAGGCUGAUUUUUCUAUCCUGUUACUCUCACAUCUCGCCUCUCUGUUAAUCCUUACAUUAGAUUUCUGAAUACUAUAGGAAUUUCUGAACACUAUAGGAAUCCAUUUAAAAUACUACCUAUAAAGCUCUAAACAACUCUAGCCUCUGUUACAUUUCUAUAUUAAUUUGUAGGCACGCCCCGUCUAGGUCUAUCCGCUCUGCUGGUGACCUUCUACAGUCUGCUUGCACUCUUACUGCUAACUUAGACUUGCAGGACUUCUUGCGGUUGGCUCCUUUCCUUUGGAGCAGCCUGCCUACUCCCAUCAGACUCUUCAAUUGGUCCCUAAAAAACAAUCUAUUCAGAAAGGCUGAUGGCCUCUCUGAGUAACUUUUAUUGUGGAAUAUGUUGGCAUUAAAGAAAUGCUAAUAAUAAUUAUGUUGGUCCCACCAGGUCUUCCACCAUGGCCUCUCUGAGUAACUUUUAUUGUGGAAUAAGUUGGAAUUAAAGAAAUGCUAAUAAUAAUUAUGUAGGUCCAACCAGGUCUUCCACCAUGGCCUCUCUGAGUAACUUUUAUUGUGGAAUAAGUUGGAAUUAAAGAAAUGCUAAUAAUAAUUAUGUAGGUCCCACCAGGUCUUCCACCAUGGCCUCUCUGAGUAACUUUUAUUUCAUAAACCGGUCUCUUGCUCCCCUCCCACAUUCUAGUUCUGAUACUUUCCCACCUUGUUGUUUGGUUGCAAUACCCCUUGAUGGCCUUCUUAUUGUGUUUUUAUACUUCACUUAAUCUAGAUUGUAAGCUCUUUUGAGCAGAGUCCUCAUCUACCUAUUGUUCUUUAUUGUUAAAUGUCCCCCUUUUUAUUAUUGUAAAGCAAUGUGGAAUAAGUUGGCAUUAUAUAAAUGCUAAUAAUAAUAAUUAUGUAGGUCCCACCAGGUCUUGGUGUCUCCAUCUUGAAAUUUCCAAGGUGGCGGCAGCUUGAAACUGCUUCCUCUGCGAUUCCAGUAGAACUUCAAGUGUCUGAAGAGACGGUCGAUGACACGCUGGAAGUGACGCAUCGCUGAAAGGAGCUUAACCUGCAGGUUUAAUAGUCCCUAUUUUUCCUUAUGUAUAACUUUACAAAUAUUCUUUAUUUAAAGUGUAAAAAAAAUGGGGCUGCCAAACAGGAAACGGGGGAUUUGGACAUAGCAAAACAAUAAAAAGAAGAAAAUGUGACAGAUCCACUUUAUUGUUGCUUAACUCUGUAAAGUUUAAGUCUUGCAAUGUUUUGUUUUUCCAAAAUGAUUCCCCUUUUAGUAUUCACCUUUAAAAUUCUGCAGCAUGAACUUUAUUUUAACUUAAAACAGGAUGCAUUUGUUUGGGGACAUAUAGUGAGAGUUUGAUAUGCCAUUUUUAGGAUACCUAAAAGGGGCAGUUUUGCCACUACGUGCUGUUCUACUUGUUAUAGUGCUAGUAGGCUGCAUGUGAUGCUUCCUGGUUUUUGGUCUACUGUUAAAAGGACACUAUAGGCCCCCAGACCACUUCAUCUCAAUGAAGUUGUCUGUGGGCAGUGACCCUGGUAUUUUGGCAAUACGGCAGCGUUUACAUUGUUGUGCUAAACACACACUUCAGUGGUUGUCUCCUUGACAGGCACCAGAUGAUGCUUCCGCACCCACAACUGAAUCAGUCUCUGUUCUGUUGAUAUUGGGAAUUGUUAAACAUUCUUUCCAUUUGUUGAAUGGAGUUGUAGCCUAAAAAUUGAUAUUUUAAACUACACGUCACACAUUCCUAUACCCAAUGGUGAAACAAGAUUAAUCGAGGUGUGUGUGUAUAUACACAAAUGUACAUUAAGUUUUACAAACCUAUUUUUCAAGCAGGACACCCCAUAUUAAUGUUGUCCUAGCACAUCUGGUUUUCCUUUCCUUAUGCCCUCUGGAUCUUAAUGGUUAUACUCUCUCCCUUACUAAUGGCCUUUAUUUAUAUUAUUUCUUCCUUGGGCGGGGUCUUAUUGGCAAUUUUGUUCUUCUCUCCCCAUGAUUUCUGCUGUUUGCCCUUCUGUGGGAUUUAACUAAUGGAUUGUGGGUAAAUUUGAUUGGCAACUGAAACAAAACCUCGUUUCAAGUUCCACCCAUUGUCAAGUUUUGUCGACUUGACUGCUAGUCAUAAGGAAAAGUAGUCUCUACUUUUUUGUUUCUUAUGAAAACUAGAGCACUCAGAAAAAGAAUUAAGAUUCUUACACUGGGAACUAUAUAGAAGCAGAUUAGAUAAGCUUAGUUUUAGUGACAGAGCCGCUAUAAGUCCAUUUUAGCUGAGGCUCUAAGCCAAUCAGCAGCACUCUGCACAUUCUGAAGCCGAGAUUAAGGAGCCUGGUGGUGCCUGGGUGCAAAUCGGUGCUGGAGGCACUCUUUGGGAUUAAGCUGUUGAGAGCGAUUUAUCCCCUUAAUGUAAGAGUGCGUCUAGGGACCUCCUGACAUAAUAACAUAAUUUAGAAGUUGUAAUGGAGACCGUGGUGUCCCUUUAAAUACAUAGUGUCACACUAUGUACUAUAACCACUUAAUCUUAUGUAGCUAUCAAAUGACUGCUUCCCUUCUAUAAGUGUCUUAAUGAGCAUGUUUAAUUGAUGUACCUCGGUUUUAAUUGUGAGCUAUCUGCUGCACUAUUGUUUAUUCAUUAUUCAAAUAAAUGAAAGUGGUUAUGGUGCUCAGAAUGUCAUAGCACCCCCACACCAUGUAUGUUGUCACACUGUUUGCUAGUGAUUUAAAAAAAAACUUACCUUGGGUUUACCAGGUACCAGUCACUCUUGCAUUACUAGUCUUAGUGCAGAGAGCUUCUGGCUUUUCCAGUGGAGGUAACCAGCAGACCCCAGGUAACUUGUCAAGCUGUUAGCAAAUGGUUUGACUACUUAUAUCACGCUGUAGUGGCUAUAGUACUGUGAGUGUUCAUUUUAAGGACAGGCUUGCAAGGAGGCAAAUGUCAUGAAGAAAUUGAGCCAAAAUAUGUAGUUUUGGUUCUUAAAGCUAUAACUAACAUUUGAGUGCCAGUGGGUCCUAUAUGUGCUUUCUAUAUAGACCAUCUAAUAGUGUGAUUAAGGUCUAUAUCUGUGUUACAGCUCUUAGAUUAGUGCAAGUAUUUCAAAAGUAAAGCCUGGUUUUCUUUGACCAUUGCGUAACCCUAAUACCUGAAAUUUACCAACAUAUCUCUAGGGAAAGAAUGUAAAAUAAUCUUAGAUGUUCUCUUUAAUAUAUCUUGUUUCAUUGUGUUUUGAUACACUUAGCAGUUUGUAGUGGAGCAGGGAAAUAUUCCUGCUUGUUUAAGAGAGUAAACUGAGUUAGGGCAAAACAUGGUGUUUUAAUUCUGGUUAUAAAGGAGGGUUAUCUGUUGCUGUGUGAUAGGUGGUGGUGUGAUUGGUCUCAUGCACCUUAAUAAGGUAACUUUUUAUUAAUCUUCCAGUGACUUGGCUCAGUGACAAAAGUAAUGAAUUAAAUAUAAUUUCCCUUUAUGUGUGUGUCCUCCUUUGGUCAUCUCACAAUUCUGCAAACCAUACCAAUAAUGUACAUUUUGUAAUGCACAUGCUUAACCCUUUAAGGACACAUGUCAUGAUUCCCUUUUAUUCCAGAAGUUUGGUCCUUAAGGGGUUAAAGGAACACUAUAGUCUCCUAAAUUACUUUAGCUAAAUAAAGCAGUUUUAGUGUAUAGAUCAUUCCCCUGCAAUUUCACUGCUCAAUUCACUGUCAUUUAGGAGUUAAAUCAUUUUGGUUUUGGUUUAUGCAGCCCUAGCCACACCUCCCCUGGCUAUGAUUGACAGAGCCUGCAUGAAAAAAAACUGGUUUCACUUUCAAACAGAUGUAAUUUACCUUAAAUAAUUGUAUCUCAAUCUCUAAAUUGAAAUUUAAUCACAUACAGGAGGCUCUUGCAGGGUCUAGCAAGCUAUUAAUAUAGCAGGGGAUAAGAAAAUCUUAAUUAAACAGAUCUUGCAAUAAAGAAAGCCUAAAUAGGGCUCUCUUUACAGGAAGUAUUUAUGGAAGGCUGUGCAAGUCACAUGCAGGGUGGUGUGACUAGGGUUCAUAAACAAAGGGAUUUAAGUCCUAAAUGGCAGAGGAUUGAGCAGUGAGGCUGCAGGGGCAUGUUCUAUACACCAAAACUGCUUCAGUAAGCUAAAGUUGUUUAGGUGACUAUAGUGUCCCUUUAAAGGGACACUCUACAAUAUAAUGUUUUAACAAUACAUGCAAAAAUAAUUUAAUUAAAAGUAUACUCGUGUUUGAUAGUCCUGGAUUUCCUGUAAAUGCCAAGGCUUUGCAGCUUCUGCAGUAAUUUCUACCCAGUCCAGGAAGUGACUUAAUCAUGAUGCUGCCAUAACUUUCUAUGAGGAUGUUGAGCAGAUAUCAUAACUUCCUGCACAGCAGUGCUUUACGGGAACAUUACAGGGACUGCUGAACUACAACAACCAGAAAUCUUUACUGUGCACACCUUCAGCACAUAACCGCUAUAAGCAAUGAGGUGACACUGUAUUAUUGGAGCAAAAAAGGAAAUUAUGCUGGAUAAGAGAGAGUGUGUCAGAAAGGGUUGGCUUAUGGAGCAAAACCCAACAUAGAUAGCUAUACCAUCUUAACUAAUUGAAACCUAAUCUACAUGUUGCAUCUAACAAGUGUGGCUGCUUUGAAUGUCCCUCUAAUGUAAUGCUGUUCCUCGAUGUGCAGUACUAGUAGCACUAUCUGCCCCUAAGUACAAUUUGCUGCUUGCAGACUGUGGCUUUCUUUUUGUAGCCUGAAGUUCUUUCUCACCUAAGUGUAGUUUAGGUGUGUGGUUCCUAUGAAAUGGCAGGAGAAAAGCACACUGCAAGCUUUGACAAACCAUUGGCUACGUAUGGGAAAUACAACUUUGAGUUCUGCAUCUGGAACCGGCAUUACAUUUUAUAACAAAGUACAUAUUUGGAUUUGCAAUGUCUCUAAAACAUUUCUUGGAUCUACAUAAAGAAGUAUUUAUCACAUUUGGGGACAAAAUGUUUUGUAAAAUGUUGUUUGCUUACAUUUUUAACUUUUCUGUUCUAAUAAAAAAUGUACAUAGAAUUCAAUGCAUACUCGACGGUUGUAUUUGGAGUUAAAUUAUUUUAACAAAUAAAUU